AGGGAACCAGCGAUAUGGGGAGAGCAGCAGUGUGGACAUAUCUCGUUCUUUUGUUGGUAAUCAGCGACUUGAUUCAUGGAGAGAGUACAACAGCUACAACAAGUAUAUCAGCUCCUGAGACACCUUCAACAGUUGAACAAUCAACAACGACAACAUCCAUACAAGAAUUGACAAGUACACCAGAACCAACAAGCUCCACCGAGCCAUUAACAACUACAUCAAAUUCAUCAAUCACUGAGACACCUUCAACAUUUGAUCAAUCAAUGACAACAUCUACACAAGAAGUGAUAACUACAUCAGAACAAACAACGACACAGAGUUCCACUGAGCCAUUCACAACUACAUCAGGUACAUCAGUGUCUGAGACACCUUCAACGUUUGAACAAUCAGCAAUGACAACAUCCACAGGUGUGCUGACAACGACAGCAGGGACAACUACACCAGAACUGACAACAACUGGAGCAGGGACAACUACACCAGAAUCGACAACAACUACGCAGACUUUCACUGCACCAUUAACAACUACAGCAAGUACAUCAGCAUCUGAGACACCUUCAACAUUUGAACAAUCAACUGCAACAACAUCCACAGGAGUGGCAACAACUACAGCAGGGACAACUACACCAGAACCGGUAACAACUACAGCCGGGACAACUACACCAGAACCGACAACUACAGCAGGGACAACUACACCAGAACCGACAAUUACAGCAGGGACAACUACACCAGAACCGACAAUUACAGCAGGGACAACUACACCAGAACCGGUAACAACUACAGCCGGGACAACUACACCAGAACCGACAACUACAGCAGGGACAACUACACCAGAACCGACAAUUACAGCAGGGACAACUACACCAGAACUGGUAACAACUACAGCCGGGACAACUACACCAGAACCGACAACUACAGCAGGGACAACUACACCAGAACCGACAACUACAGCAAGGACAACUACACCACAACUGACAACUACAACAGGGAUAACUGCACCAGAACCAACAACUACAACAGGGACAACUGCACCAGAAUCGACAACUACAACAGGGACAACUGCACCAGAACCGACAACUACAGCAGGGACAACUACACCAGAACUGACAACUACAACAGGGACAAUUGCACCAGAAUCGACAACUACAGCAGGGACAACUACACCAGAACCGACAACUACAGCAGGGACAACUACACCAGAACCGACAACAACUACAGCAGGGACAACUACACCAGAACCGACAACUACAACAGGGACAAAUGCACCAGAACCGACAACUACAACAGGGACAACUACACCAGAAUCGACAACUACAGCAGGGACAACUACACUAGAACCGACAACUACAGCAGGGACAACUACACCAGCACCGACAUCUACAACAGGGACAACUGCACCAGAAUCGACAACUUCAGCAGUGACAACUACACCAGAACCGACAACAACUACAACAGGGACAACUGCAUCAGAACCAACUACAGCAGGGACAACUACACCAGAAUCGACAACUACAGCAGGGACAGCUACACCAAAAUCGUCAACUACAGCUGGGACAACUAUACUAGAACCGACAACUACAGCAGGGACUACACCAGUACCGACAACAACUACAACAGGGACUACUGCAUCAGAACCGACAACUACAGCAGGGACAACGACACCACAACCGACAACUACAACAGGGACAACUACAUCACAACCAACAACUACAACAGGGACAACUGCACCAGAAACGACAACUACAGCUGGGACAACGACACCACAACCGACAACUACAGCAGGGACAACUACACCACAACCGACAACUACAACAGGGACAACGGCACCAGAAUCGACAACUACAGCCGGGACAACUACAUCAGAAUCGACAACUACAGCAGGGACAACCACACCAGAAUCGACAAUUACAGCAGUGACAACUACACCAGAACCAUCAACACCUACAGCAGGGACAACUACACCAGAACUGACAACUACAGCAGGGACAACUGCAUCAGAACCGAUAAUUACAACAGGGACAACUGCACCAGAACCGACAACUACAGCAGUGACAACUACACCAGAACUGACAACAACUACAACAGGGACAACUGCAUCAGAACCGACAACUACAGCAGGGACAACUACACCACAACCGACAACUACAACAAGGACAACUACACCAGAACCGGUAACAACUACAACAGGGACAACUGCAUCAGAACCGACAACUACAGCAGGGACAACUACACCAGCACCGACAACUACAACAGGGACAACUGCAUCAGAACCGACAACUACAGCAGGGACAACUACACCAGAACUGACAACUACAACAGGGACAACUGCACCAGAAUCGACAACUACAACAGGGACAACUGCAUCAGAACCGACAACUACAACAGGGACAACUACACCAGAACUGACAACUACAACAGGGACAACUGCACCAGAAUCGACAACUACAGCAGGGACAACUACACUAGAACUGACAACUACAACAGGGACAAUUGCAUCAGAAUCGACAACUACAGCAGGGACAACUGCACCAGAACCGACAACAACUACAACAGGGACAACUGCAUCAGAACCGACAACUACAGCAGGGACAACUACACCACAACCGACAACUACAACAAGGACAACUACACCAGAACCGGUAACAACUACAACAGGGACAACUGCAUCAGAACCGACAACUACAGCAGGGACAACUACACCAGCACCGACAACUACAACAGGGACAACUGCAUCAGAACCGACAACUACAGCAGGGACAACUACACCAGAACUGACAACUACAACAGGGACAACUGCACCAGAAUCGACAACUACAACAGGGACAACUGCAUCAGAACCGACAACUACAACAGGGACAACUACACCAGAACUGACAACUACAGCAGGGACAACUGCACCAGAAUCGACAACUACAGCAGGGACAACUACACUAGAACUGACAACUACAACAGGGACAAUUGCAUCAGAAUCGACAACUACAGCAGGGACAACUGCACCAGAACCGACAACAACUACAACAGGGACAACUGCAUCAGAACCGACAACUACAGCAGGGACAACUACACCACAACCGACAACUACAACAGGGACAACUGCACCAGAACCAACAACUACAGCAGGGACAAGUACACCAGAACCGACAACAACUACAGCAGGGACAACUACACCAGAACCGACAACUACAGCAGGGACAACUACACCAGAACCGACAACUACAACAGGGACAACUACACCAGAACCGACAACUACAGCAGAGACAACUACACCAGAACCGACAACAACUACAGCAGGGACAACUACACCAGAACUGACAACUACAGCAGGGACAACUACACCAGAACCGACAACAACUAUAACAGGGACAACUACAUCAGAACCAACAACUACAGAAGGGACAACUACACCAGAACCGACAACUACAACAAGGACAACUACACCAGAACUGACAACUACAGCAGGGACAACUACACCCGAACCGACAACAACUACAGCAGGGACAACUACACCAGAACCGACAACUACAGCAGAGACAACUACACCAGAACCGACAACAACUACAGCAGGGACAACUACACCAGAACCGACAACAACUACAGCAGGGACAACUACACCAGAACCGACAACUACAGCAGAGACAACUACACCAGAACCGACAACAACUACAGCAGGGACAACUACACCAGAACCGACAACUACAACAGGGACAACUGCACCAGCACCGACAACUACAGCACGGACAACUACACCAGCACCGACUACUACAACAGGGACAACUGCACCAGAAAUGACAACAACUACAGCAGGGACAACUACUCCAGAACCCACAACUACAACAGGGACAACUACACCAGAACCGACAACUACAGUGGGGACAACUACACCAGAACCGACAACAACUACAGCAGGGACAACUACACCAGAACCGACAACUACAACAGGGACAACUACACCAGAAUUGACAACUACAGCAGGGACAACUACACCAGAACCGACAACUACAGCCGGGACAACUACGCCAUUAACAACUAUGACAAGUACUUCAAACCCUGAGACAACUUCAACGUUGACAACAUCCACAUCAGAGCUGACAAGUACGCUAGAAUCAACAACCACAGCUAUAACAAGUACAUCAACCCCUGAGACAACUUCAACGUUGACAACAUCCACAUCAGAGCUGACAAGUACGCUAGAAUCAACAACCACAGCUAUGACAAGUACUUCAACCCCUGAGACAACUUCAACGUUGACAACAUCCACAUCAGAGCUGACAAGUACGCUAGAAUCAACAACCACAGCUAUGACAAGUACAUCAACCCCUGAGACAACUUCAACGUUGACAACAUCCACAUCAGAGCUGACAAGUACGCUAGAAUCAACAACCACAGCUGGAACAAGUACAUCAACGCCUGAGACACCUUCAACAACAACAACAUCCACAUCAGAGCUGACAAGUACACAGGAACCCACAACCACAGAUGUAGAUGAAUGCGCAACCAACACAUCAAAUUGUGAACAAGUCUGUACUAAUACAAUUGGAAGCUUCACAUGCAGUUGCUUUCCUGGGUACAGCAUCAACGUAACAAACACUUCACAUUGUGAUGAUAUAGAUGAAUGCGCAACCAACACAUCGAAUUGUGAACAAGUCUGCAAUAAUACAAUUGGAAGCUUCACAUGCAGUUGCUUUCCUGGGUACAGCAUCAACGCAACAAACACUUCACAUUGUGAUGAUGAGCAUUUUGCGGAAUGUACAUCAAAUUAUUACGAUUGUGAGCUGUUAGCUUAUGACUUACAAGACUAUCAGCGUCUUGUUCGAAUGCUGUAA